UCGAUGUAGGGCAUGCUAUGACCGCUUCAUUACUCCUCCAUUCGCACUGGAUUGACCCGGUGAUGUUUCUCUAUGACAACGGCUUGGAUGAAAGAAGCAAGAACAUGGAAGGGUUUCCUGGAGGCAAUUUUGCUGCAAACCAGUGCAGGAAUUUGUUAGCGCAUCCAACCUCGCUGGCUCCGAGCACCACCUACACUGCGAGUGAGGUGCCAGUCUCUGGCAUGGGGGAGCCUGGCAAACAGUGCAGCCCCUGUUCUGCCACUCAGAGCUCGCCCAAUGCAUCUUUGCCCUAUGGAUAUUUUGGCAGCAGUUAUUACCCAUGUAGGAUGUCACACGGCAGCGUCAAGGCUUGCGCGCAGCCCUCUGGUUAUGGCGAUAAAUACAUGGACUCCUCGGUCUCUGGUGAGGAGUUCUCAACCAGGGCAAAGGAAUUCGCAUUUUAUCAGGGCUAUUCCUCGGGUCCUUACCAGCCCAGCUACUUGGACGUCCCUGUCGUCCCUGCUCUGAACGCUCCAUCUGAGCCAAGACACGAGUCUCUGUUGCCCAUGGAGCCCUACCAGCCAUGGGCCAUCACCAAUGGUUGGAGUGGUCAAGUUUACUGCACCAAGGAGCAGCCACAGUCAAAUCCUCUGUGGAAAUCCUCGUUACAAGACACUAUAUCUGGCGGAGACAGCUCUAUCCGCCGUGGGAGAAAGAAGCGUGUGCCAUACACCAAGGUGCAGCUCAAGGAAUUGGAAAGGGAGUACGGCGCCAAUAAAUUCAUCACCAAGGACAAAAGGAGGAGGAUAUCGGCGCAGACAAAUCUGACAGAGAGACAAGUGACAAUCUGGUUUCAGAACAGGCGCGUAAAGGAGAAGAAAGUCGUCAAUAAAUUCAAGAGCUCCAGUUAGCUCUGGAGAUACUGAAACAGAAGGUGAAGGGUGGACAUGAACGUGCCUUUAAUAAAAAAAAAACUGUGCUAUAAUUUAUUACAUUAUGUGAACGGUUCCUCUGUCGCCAGAGCGACUCUGACCAACACAUUUCAUUCCUCACAUUUUAAUUGGAACCAGUCGAUGCGGCCUGUUGACAGCAGGUCGGAAAUGGUUUGCAACAUACUGACCAAGGCGAUUCUGCGAGGGAUGCAUGAUCUCCUUCAUAUAUUCACCAGACAGCAAGACAUUCUGCCUUGAAGGCAUGAGACACCCCGAUCAAUCCUGCGCUUUUAUUUCGUUUAAUAAAAUCCAGAAAUUAAGACUGAAGCCCCUGGAAUCAGUUGCAAUAAGAACUUUUGUCUUUAGACUGUGAUGCAGUGGUAAACAAAUAGGCGGCUAAACUGUCACGUUCAGUCUGUGAUGCAAACAGGCAAUGAUAAACAAAUAAUAAUUAACAGAAAGACCUAAUUAUAUUUUCAGCAUUUAUGCCACAGAGAAAUAUAUAUGCUAUAUCUCCAGACUCUGUCCGUGCAUAAGCUACAGUAGCCUACAUCACUUAUUGGGUGUAUACAUAUGCUACUUAAAUUAUUUAGAUAAACUAAUUAAACUAACAGUUUGGACGUUUGAAAAGAGUUUACGCCACAGACCUGUUUUUAUAAAUUCCCUCUAUCUGUUCCUUAAGCCAGUAUCUGAUGAAACGUUAUCAAACGUGAAACUAGUAUGAGCAUUACAAUAGGUUUGCCCACACUUUGCCCAUGUCACUGUCUCAUUUUUCCCAGGGUUUUCACUCGCCAUCAACAGGCUGACCUGUCAGUCAAAAAUAAUUUUACAGAAUAGUUCUGAAAACGUUAGCUUAUUUAAACAUGUAAAUACUCUCUGACUGCAACUAUCUGUUCUCCCCUUUCUUGACUGCAAUAGCCAGAGUUUUUGACAAUAAAUG